AUGACUCAAGACACCAGUUCUAAGAGUGUCCAGAAGCCCAGAGCGGAGUCACCUACAACCAGCCUGCUAUCAAUGAAGAGUGAUCAGCCACCUGCUUUCAGCCAGGAAUCCUUACCAGAUGACAAUAAGGAAGUGGAGAGUUUGGACAGUGAGGAUGCAUUAAAGAUCACACACAACCUUCUGGACAGAAGAAGUCAAACUCUGCUGACAGUCCAACAAGACAUUAAGGCUAAACUGAAACACAAGUAUCAACACAUAUCUGAAGGAAUUGGACACCAUGGAAACCAAAGUCUGUUAAAGGAUAUUUACACCGAGCUCUACAUCACAGAGGGUGGAAGUGGAGGGCUCAAUAAUGAACAUGAGGUUAGACAGAUAGAGAUGGCAUCCAAGAAACAAACCACACAAGAGACACCAAUCAAAUGCAACGACAUCUUCAAGCCUUUACCUGGACAAGACAAACCUAUCAGAACUGUGCUGACCAAAGGAAUCGCUGGCAUUGGAAAAACAGUCUCUGUGCAGAAGGUCAUCCUUGACUGGGCAGAGGGAAAAGCAAAUCAGGACGUUCAUUUCAUGUUUCCUCUUCCUUUCCGUGAUCUGAACCUGAAAAAGGACCAAUGCAGUCUGAUGCAACUUCUUUCCCACUACUUCUCAGAGCUGAAAGAGAUUGACAGCAUUGAAGAUGGUGAAACCAAAACUGUUUUAAUUUUUGAUGGUCUGGAUGAGUGUCGACUUCCUCUAGACUUCAUAAACAAUGAGAAGUGCUGUGAUGUCACGAAGCCAACCUCAGUGGACGUGCUGCUGACAAACCUCAUCGAGGAGAAUCUGCUGCCGGAUGCUCACCUCUGGAUAACCUCACGGCCUGCAGCAGCCAAUCAGAUCCCUCCUGAGUGUGUUGACCAGGUGACAGAGGUACGAGGGUUCAAUGAUCCACAAAAGGAGGAGUAUUUCAGGAAGAAAAUCACAGAUCAGAAUCUGGCAAAUGAUAUCAUCAAACACAUGAAGACAUCAAGGAGCCUCCACAUCAUGUGCCACAUACCCGUCUUCUGUUGGAUAUCAGCCACUGUCCUUGAGAUGAUACUGAAAGUGGCAGAGAAGGAUGAAGUCCCCAAAACUCUGACCCAGAUGUACUCACACUUCGUGCUCAUCCAAAUCAUUGUGAAGAACAGGAAGUACAACAAAGCCACAGAGACAAACCCAAAGGAACUGUCUCAGUCAGACAAAGAGAUGAUCCUGAAACUGGCAAAGCUGGCUUUCCAACAGCUGCAGAAGGGCAACCUGAUCUUCUAUGAGGAGGACCUGAGAGAGUGUGGCCUUGAUGUCACAGAGGCAUCAGAGUACUCAGCAUUGUGUACAGAGAUCUUUAAAGAAGAAUCUGGGCUGUACCAAGAGAAGGUCUACAGCUUUGUGCAUCUGAGCAUUCAGGAGUUUCUAGCAGCAGUGCAUGCUUUAGAAUCAUACAAGUUGAAGUCAGACAAGUUGAGGUCAGACAAGUUGAGGUCAGACAAGUUGAGGUCAGACAAGUUGUCUGACUUACACAGGAGCGCAGUGGACCAGGCCUUGAAGAGUGAGAAUGGACACCUGGACCUGUUCCUCCGCUUCCUUCUGGGUCUCUCACUGGAGUCCAAUCAGAAUCUGUUACGAGGCCUUCUGACACAGACAGGAAGUACAACACAGAGCAAUGAGGAAACAGUUGAGAGAACAGUCAGGUACCUUUCAGACAAGAUCAACCAGGAAUCCUCACCAGAAAGGAUCAUCAACUUGUUCCACUGUCUGAAUGAACUUGGUGCCAACUCUCUAGUUGAAGACAUGCAGACCUCCCUGCGAUCAGGAACUCUUUCAGCAACAAGACUAAAACCUGACCAAUGUUCAGCCCUGGCCUACCUGUUACUGAUGUCAGAGGAGGUGCUGGAGGAGUUUGACCUGAAGACAUACAACACAUCAGAGGAAGAUUAUCAGAGGUUGCUGCCGGUAGUGAAAACCUGCAAGAGAGCACUGCUGGAUCGCUGUCAACUCUCAUAUAAAUCCUGUGAGACUCUGGCCUCAGCUCUGCAGACACCAAACUCCCCCCUGAGAGAACUGGACCUCAGCUACAAUGACCUGGAAGACAGAGGAGUGAAGCUGCUCUGUGUUGGACUAACCAGUCCACUCUGCAACAUACAGACACUAGUACUCGCCGGCUGUAAACUCACAUAUAAAUCCUGUGAGACUCUGGCCUCAGCUCUGCAGACACCAAACUCCCCCCUGAGAAAACUGGACCUCAGCUACAAUGACCUUGGAGACAGAGGAGUGGAGCUGCUCUGUGUUGGACUAACCAGUCCACUCUGCAACAUACAGACACUUGUACUAGCUGGCUGUAAACUCACAUGUGAAUCCUGUGAGACUCUGGCCUCAGCUCUGCAGACACCAAACUCCCCCCUGAGAGAACUGGACCUCAGCUACAAUGACCUUGGAGACCGAGGAGUGGAGCUGCUCUGUGUUGGACUAACCAGUCCACUCUGCAACAUACAGACACUUUUACUGGAUCACUGUGACCUCACAUAUAAAUCCUGUGAGACUGUGGCCUCAGCUCUGCAGACACCAAACUCCCCCCUGAGAGAACUGGACCUCACAUACAACAAUGAGCUGGAAGACAGAGGAGUGGAGCUGCUCUGUGUUGGACUAACCAGUCCACUCUGCAACAUACAGACACUAGAUCUAGGUCAGUGUGGUCUGACAGAGGGUUGCUGUUCACAUCUGGCCUCAGUCCUGAGUUCACCCGACUCACAACUGAAACAACUGGAGCUGAGAGACAAUGACCUGCAGGACUCAGGAGUUACACUGCUGUCUGCUGGACUGGAGGAUCCAGACUGUAAGCUACACACACUGGGUCUAGGUCAGUGCGGUCUGACAGAGGGUUGCUGUUCAGAUCUGGCCUCAGUCCUGAGUUCACCCAACUCACAACUGAAACAACUGGAGCUGAGAGACAAUGACCUGCAGGACUCAGGAGUUACACUGCUGUCUGCUGGACUGGAGGAUCCAGACUGUAAACUACACACACUGGGGCUGUCUGGCUGUCUGGUCACAGAGGAGGGCUGUGCUGCUCUGUCUUCAGCUCUGAGGUCAAACCCCUCCCACCUGAAAGAGCUGGACCUGAGCUACAAUCACCCAGGAGACUCUGCAGGGGGACUGCUUUCAGCUGCUCUGGUGGAUCCCACAUAUAAACUGAUGAAGCUGAAUGUGGAUCAUGGUGGAGAGUGCAGGCUGAAAUCAGGGCCGAGGAAAUAUGCCUGUCAUCUCACCCUGGACCCAAAUACAGCAAGCCCAAACCUGAUACUGUCUGAGGGGAACAGGAAGGUGACACCGGUGGUGGAGGAGCAGCGUUAUGAAGACCAUCCAGACAGAUUUGACCGUUAUCGCCAAGUUCUCAGCAGAGAAGGCUUAUCUGGAUGUCGUUAUUACUGGGAGGUGGACUGGGAUGGUGGUGGGCCUGCCAUUGGUGUGGUGUACAAAGGAAUGUUGGGAAGGGCUGGCAUUUGUAUUGGACUCACCAGCAAUUCCUGGUGUAUGUACUGCUCUGACAGCGUUUAUGACUUUUACAAUGCUGGAGUCCAUAGUAGAUCCAUCCUUGGCCCUGUAUCUAACAGAGUUGGAGUGUAUCUGGACUGGCCAGCUGGUACUUUGUCCUUCUAUAGUGUGUCCUCCUCUGGUACACUGACACACCUUUACACAUUCUACACCACGUUCACUGAACCCCUCUAUCCUGGAUUUGGGUUUCUUUUGUUGAAAACCUCCUCAGUGACCCUGUAUCAGAUCAACGACCAAUACAUUCAAAGGUGA